CAGUCUUGCGUGGCUAUGGCUUCUCAAGGUACGUCGUCUCCAAAGAUCCAUGUCCUCGCAUUUCCCGUCCCAGGCCAGGGACACAUCACUCCGAUGAUGCAUCUCUGCAAGAAGAUCGCCGCUCGAGAUGGAUUCAUCGUCUCAUUCGUCAAUGUCGACAGCCUCCACGACGAGAUGAUCAAGCACUGGAGAGCUCCAUCCAAUACGGACCUCCGCCUCGUCUCAAUCCCACUCUCCUGGAAGAUCCCACACGGCCUGGAUGCUUACACUCUCACUCACUCGGGUGAGUUCUUCAAGGCCACCACCGAGAUGAUCCCAGCUCUCGAGCACCUCGUCUCCAAACUCUCUCUCGAGAUCUCGCCGGUCCGCUGCAUCAUCUCGGACUACUUCUUCUUCUGGACCCAGGACGUUGCUGAUAAGUUUGGGAUUCCAAGGAUUGUUCUGUGGCCUGGAUCCGCUGCCUGGACCACGAUUGAGUAUCACAUACCCGAGCUCAUCGCCGGAGGCCAUGUCUUUCCCAGCUUGACCGAAGCGAAGAAGCUUGUCGCGGAUGAAUCUAUAGUGGACAUUAUCAAGGGACUAGGACCUCUUCAUCAAGCCGACGUACCUCUCUACUUGCAAGCUGACGAUCAUCUCUGGGCGGAGUACUCCGUGCAGCGGGUUCCCUACAUCCGCAAGGCCUCCUGCGUGCUCGUCAACUCCUUUUACGAUCUGGAACCGGAAGCUUCCGACUUCAUGGCCGCCGAGCUCCGCAAAGGUAUCUCUCCGUCGGUCCCAUGUUUCUCCUGGACGAGCAGACCUCCGAGAUCGGACCAACCAACGUGGUGCUCAGGAACGAGGACCCCGAGUGCCUGCGGUGGCUUGACAAGCAGGAAAAGGCUUCCGUUCUCUACAUAUCUUUCUACAUAUCUACAUAUCUACAUAUCUUCCGUUCUCUACAUAUCUACAUAUCUCUACAUAUCUAAUAUCUAA